AGGUUCUAGGCUCAGUUAGGAUUUGGCAGCUUACAGUACGCUUCACUCCUGCGUUCCCCAUAUCGUUUAGCUGACGCUCUUAACUAUUAUUGACUGGUAAUAACUAUUAUCUAGAGCUAGCUUAUUCACAGGUUCUAUAUCCACAACUGAGUUUACUUGAGGUCAAGGGUAAUAAUGCUGAGUAAAGCCCUUCUGAGAGGCUUGGGCUACAAGGUGAUACAUUCCAUCGGUAAAGGCUCUCAUGGGGAGGUCGUCCUGGCCAAAUCAUGGAAAUAUCCCGAAAACGUGGCCAUUAAAAUAGUGGACAAGAAAGUGGCACCACCUGAUUUCGUUUCAAAAUUUCUACCCCAAGAACUGUCUGUUAUCAAAACCAUAGAGCACCCGAACAUCAUUAAGGUGCACAAAAUUCAUGAGAUAUCAGACAGACUGGUGUUUAUUGUGAUGGAGUUGGCCGUUAAGACUCUAGAACAAAAGAUUGGGCUCUGCCGCCUUCCCAACGACGAGGCCAAAGUCUUGUUCUCCCAACUGGCCAGCGCUGUGAAUUAUCUGCAUGAGCGGGACAUCGUCCAUCGGGACCUAAAAUGUCCAAAUGUCCUGCUCACUGCAGAAGACACAGUUAAGUUGAGCGACUUUAGUUUUUCGGGAUACUACAAAGGCCUCAGUAAGACGUUCGUUUGCUCCCCUGCCUACGCUGCACCUGAGGUGCUGAACCUCAUUCCCUACGAUCCCAAAAAGAGCGAUGUGUGGAGCCUGGGCGUGACGCUUAACUGCAUGGUCACCGGAUCCAUUCCCUUCAACAAUGAAGACAUGAGCAGUUUCCUAUCAUCCCAGCGAGCACCCAUACAUUUUCCAUUUCACAUCAUAUUGGACAAGCAGUGUCGGGAUUUAAUCACUGACAUGCUGAAGUACAAUCCCUUAGAUCGCCCUUCUAUCAGUGAAGUGGCUAACCACCCUUGGCUGCAGUCAAGAAAACAAGAUGAAUUGAGUGAGACUCCAGAUGAAUCUUUGUUUGUGGCUGGAAGCUCUUUGAAAAUGAAGAAGGCAGAGGAUAUCCAGCAGCAGCUGCACUCUACUAAGGAGCAGGACAAAGGUGUUCUCUCCCCCAUAAAGUCCUUUUUUAAAUGGAUCGCCGGGAAGAUCUUUUAGGGAUCAGUAAAGGGAUGAAGAAAGUUAAGAAGAUGAAAAUGAUUCAACCGUUGUAGACGUCUAGCCCGGCUACGGUUGAUAACAGCGUACUGACUUCUUACUGUGCUAAUUUGUCAUUUAUAAGUAGUUUGACCAGAGGAGGAUGGGUCUACCUUGUGAGUCUGGUUCCUUCCAAGGUUUCUUCCUCACUGAGGGAGUUUUUCCUGGCCACUGUCGCCUUCGGCUUACUCACUUGGGGUCUAAACAAGCCAGUACUAAUUUGU